GAACUCUCUGAAUCUGUGUUUUAAUGGAACCAUCUUCUGGAGUCGGUUCUGAGAAGAGACCAACCGUUGACUUGGUCAAGGAUAAAAAUGGAACCGAUCAGAUUCUUCUUCAGAAUCCUAAAGGCGCUUCUGUGAAGAUUAGUUUACAUGGAGGACAAGUUCUUUCUUGGAAGACUGAGAAGGGUGAUGAAUUGUUAUUCACCAGCUCCAAGGCCAACUUGAAGCCUCCCCAUCCGGUACGAGGAGGAAUCCCUAUAUGCUUUCCUCAGUUUGGAACUCGGGGAUCACUUGAGCAACACGGGUUUGCAAGAAACAAGAUAUGGCUUGUGGAAAACAAUCCACCUGCUUUACCUUCAUUUGACCCUACCGGCAAAGCCUAUGUCGAUUUGGUACUUAAGUCAUCUGAUGAAGACACGAUGAGGAUCUGGCCUUUCAGCUUUGAGUUUCAUCUUAGAGUCUCAUUGGCAUUAGAUGGAAACCUAACACUGAUAUCACGAGUCAGAAACAUCAAUUCAAAGCCUUUUAGCUUUGCCAUUGCUUACCACACUUACUUCUCUAUUUCCGAUAUUAGUGAAGUUAGACUUGAAGGGCUGGAAACUCUUGAUUAUCUUGAUAACAUGCGCGAUAGAGAGCGGUUUACAGAGCAAGGCGAUGCAUUAACCUUUGAAUCCGAGAUCGAUAGAGUGUACCUAAAUUCUAAAGACGUGGUUGCUGUUUUCGACCAUGAGAGAAAACGUACAUUCCUCAUCAGGAAAGAAGGUCUACCUGAUGUUGUGGUAUGGAAUCCAUGGGAGAAGAAAGCGAGAGCAUUGACGGAUUUGGGAGAUGAUGAGUAUAAACACAUGUUGUGUGUUGAUGGAGCAGCCAUUGAGAAACCCAUCACCUUGAAACCGGGUGAAGAAUGGACCGCAAACUCAGAUCCAUUAGAAGACAAACGUGCAUUGCUUGAGUUUCUUACCAUUAUGCGUCCGACACGUUCACUAAACUGGAACGAGACUUCUCAAGUCUGCAACAUCUGGACCGGAGUUACUUGUAAUCAAGACGGAUCUCGAAUCAUAGCCGUUAGAUUACCAGGGGUUGGGCUCAAUGGUCAGAUUCCUCCCAACACUAUAAGCAGACUCUCUGGUCUCAGAGUUCUUAGUCUCAGAUCCAAUCUAAUCUCCGGUGUGUUUCCGGCGGAUUUUGUUGAGUUAAAAGAUUUGGCCUUUCUUUAUCUUCAGGACAACAAAUUGUCUGGUCCUUUGCCUUUGGAUUUCUCUGUUUGGAAGAAUCUCACUAGUGUUAAUCUCUCGAACAACAGGUUUAACGGGACAAUCCCGGGUUCGUUGUCCCGUCUUAGGCGGAUUCAGUCGUUGAAUCUUGCUAACAAUUCGCUUUCUGGUGAUAUUCCGGAUCUGAGUGUGGUCUCUAGUCUGCAGCACAUUGACUUGUCCAACAAUUAUGAUCUCGAUGGACCGAUACCGGAUUGGCUUCGAAGAUUCCCGUUGUCUUCUUAUGUAGGCAUUGGUAUUAUUCCUCCUGGUAAUGGUUCCAUCUUUCAGCCGCCACCACCACCUCGCGAGCAGACUCAUCAGAAACCGAAAGCUCACUUCUUUGGACUAUCCGAGACGGUUUUUCUGUUGAUUGUUAUUGCUGUUUCCAUUGUAGUGAUUGCGGCUUUGGCGUUUGUGUUGACUGUUUGUUACGUAAGAAGGAAUUUAAGACGCGGUGAUGGGGUCAUUUCGGAUAAUAAGCUGCAGAAGAAAGGCGGGAUGUCUCCUGAGAAAUUCGUUUCGCGGAUGGAAGAUGUAAACAACCGGUUAUCGUUCUUCGAAGGAUGCAACUACUCGUUUGAUCUUGAGGAUCUAUUGAGAGCUUCUGCUGAGGUUCUUGGUAAGGGCACGUUUGGCACGACGUACAAAGCUGUUCUUGAAGAUGCAACUUCUGUUGCUGUGAAACGGCUUAAGGAUGUUGCGGCUGGGAAACGAGAUUUCGAGCAGCAGAUGGAGAUCAUUGGAGGUAUUAAGCACGAAAACGUUGUGGAGCUUAAGGCAUACUAUUACUCUAAAGACGAGAAGCUAAUGGUUUAUGACUAUUUCAGCCGAGGAAGUGUGGCUUCUUUGCUUCAUGGUAAUAGAGGAGAAAACCGGAUUCCUCUCGACUGGGAAACCAGAAUGAAAAUCACGAUUGGCGCAGCUAAAGGGAUUGCUCGUAUCCACAAAGAAAACAAUGGAAAACUCGUCCAUGGAAACAUCAAAUCUUCGAAUAUAUUCUUGAAUUCCGAGAAUAAUGGCUGUGUCUCUGAUCUUGGAUUAACCGCUGUAAUGAGCCCCUUGGCUCCACCUAUCUCGAGGCAAGCUGGUUACCGUGCACCAGAAGUAACCGACACAAGGAAGUCUUCUCAAUUGUCGGAUGUUUACAGCUUCGGCGUCGUUCUACUCGAACUGCUCACCGGAAAAUCACCCAUUCACACAACCGCAGGGGACGAGAUCAUUCACUUGGUUCGAUGGGUACAUUCGGUAGUGAGAGAGGAAUGGACCGCAGAAGUAUUCGACAUAGAGCUUCUGAGGUAUACAAACAUAGAGGAAGAGAUGGUUGAGAUGUUGCAGAUUGCAAUGUCUUGUGUUGUGAAAGCAGCAGACCAGAGGCCAAAGAUGUCUGAUUUGGUUAGGCUCAUCGAGAACGUUGGAAACCGACGAACCAGCAUUGAACCCGAACCCGAACUCAAACCCAAAUCUGAAAAUGGAGCCUCAGAGACUUCGACGCCGAGUGAAAUUUGAAUCUAUCAAAUUCAAACUGUUGAUUCAUCAUCCCAUAUUUAUAUCUCAAGUUGUAUACUCCUCUGUUUUAUUUCUUCUCUCUUCGGUUUAGAACCGGUUCAUCAAAACACAUUUCUGUUUAGGAAUUCUUGGUUUUCAAAAUUCGGUUUGAAAUAGAUUCAAAUUUCCAAU